AUGACGACGAGGAUCACCUUGCCGGCGUCGCUGAUUUAUCCGGUGGAAAUCACCGAGAUGUUUGCCGAGGACGGCGAAAGUGUUUCUAAACACCAAGAAUUACUGCGCUACAAGUACUGGAAAGAGGAACAGGACGGCGUUCCGGAAGAUGGGGAAGAGCCCAAGAUGGUGACCAGGGAGUUCUAUGCCACAUUCGAAAGCCCGCUGGCCGGCACACUGGAGCUACUUGGGCUUAAACUGGGCGACCGCAUCAAUGACCACACUACUCAAGUUGUGGGCAUUCGGGAGGCGUGUGAUCACUCGGUCCAGUACUCGGGGCUAUGCGCCCUUUGUGGAGCUACUUUGGACAGCAAAGACUAUCUCGACUAUAAUGACGCGGAAAGAGCACCGAUUGCCAUGUCUCAUGACACCAAUGGUCUCACAGUGUCGAGGGUUGAAGCCGAGCGCAUCGAAAAGUCGGCCACGGACCAACUACUGGCAGAGAAGAAGCUCAUUCUUGUUGUCGACCUGGACCAGACUAUUAUUCACGCUGCCAUGGAUCCCGAAAUCGGCCAAUGGAUCCAAGACCCGGACUCGCCAAAUCACGAGGCAGUCGCCGACGUGCGCAAGUUUUGUCUACGCGAACAACGUAGAGAUCAGUUUGUGGACAUAUGGUACUAUGUCAAGAUCCGGCCCGGCCUCAAAGAGUUUCUGGAGAAAAUGUAUACUCGCUUUGAAAUGCAUAUUUAUACCAUGGCUACCAAGGCCUAUGCUUUGGAAAUCGCCAAGCUAGUGGACCCCGAAGGAAAGUACUUUGGCAAUCGCAUUCUGUCUCGCGAAGAGUCUGGGAAUCUUUUACAAAAGAAUCUUAAACGUCUUUUUCCCGUUACUACACACCUAGUGACUAUUAUUGACGACAGAGGUGAUGUUUGGCAGUGGAGCCCUCACCUUGUUCGAGUGUUUCCGUAUUCUUUCUUCCAUGGCACAGGCGACAUCAAUUCGCAAUUUUUACCUAAACGCACUGGUUUGGUGACGCCAGAAACCGAGGCCGAAGAGCAAUCUGACGCUGCAGAGCAAAGGGUCCUGAAAGUCGACGAGGACGAUGAACUCGAGACGCUGGGUGGUCACAUGGUGCAAAUCCACGAGAACUUCUACCAUGAAUAUGAUCGCCUCAAGCCAAAGAUCCCCGACGUCGGUAAUCUCUUGCCCCGUCUCAAGUCUAAUGUCUUUGAAGGCUGCGUGAUCCUGUUUACCGGAGUGUUUCCUAUAGGCACGUCUCUAGACUCUGCAGACAUUGUACAGUGGGUCCGCAGUUUUGGCGCCGUGGUAGUUGCUGAGCUGGUUCCAGUCGUCACACACGUCAUCACUCAUUCAGGAGGCACUCUCAAGGCCCGCCAGGCUGCGGGCAUGGACAUUCCUGUGUUGACCACGGCGUGGCUGUUUGCCUGCCUUCGGGAAUGGAAAAGAGUCGAUCUUGCCGAGUACAAAGUUGAAGUCAAAGACAAGAUUAUGCCCUCUGAGCAGCCAGCAGAAACUGGAGGAACAGAGCCCGAAAGCGACAUUGCUGAGGGCUUUGUGCGCUCCCUGUCGCGCGGCGAUCUUGACUGGGACGCGAUCAACGCCGAACUCAAGGAGUUCAUGGACAGCGACGAUCUCAGCGACGAUGUGUUUGACGAAGAAGAAAAUAACACCACCAGCAACCGAACCAAUGGUAAACGAUCCCACGAAGAGGCGGAAGAGCCCAAUAAAAAGCGUUCGAAAAAUGCAAACGACUCUGCUCAAGACGAUGACUCUGCCGAAGACGAUUUCGCCGCAGAAUUGGAAAGCGAUCUCACGUAA